GCGAAAUUAGAUCGGUCAAAAGUUAUUUCCUAAGUCUGAAGCGCAAAUUGGUAGUGGAAGACCAUCGGUUCCGGUUGUGUUUGUUCGUGAUUAGUCUUUGGGAGUUUUUUUCCAUUGUUGACGAUCAUAACACCGGCGCCCUGCAUGAAGUUGCGGCAUGCGAGUGAAUCUUUUUGCAGCAGCCCCAAUCCGAAAAAGUGCGCACUACAGCAAAGAUAAUGUCACUAUCGCUUGGAAAUAACCUGCAUCCUCGCGCCAAAGUGGACGUGUGGUUUGCGUCCUUGAGAAAGCAUCUUUUUGUGGCCGUCGCCCUUCUCUUCGGGAGCGGAAUUGUGGCUUUUCUCGUGGUCAGUUUACUGCAAGCCUUCGACCAACCGAGGCAUGCAGUGCCGAUACUGGGAUUUGAGAGGAAGAGCGGGAAUCAUGUGCCGCUGCGAGAGUCUGUUUACACAACAACAACUCAGGUGGGCGGAAGUGGUACAACAGCCACAUCCCCUUCUGCAGAAGCUCCCCCGGGCGUGGUACCAUUACAACCGUCCAGUGUGGCUACAACCGCGUCACAAGAUAUGACCGCAAUUCCAGGAAACAACGCAGCUUUGGUCAAAGGAUCGAGCGGUGCAACUUCUAGCAUGACACAGAACUCCGUUGCAAGAACUUCUUCAACUGCAUCCACGGACAGGACGGUUCAGACGACCAAAACUGAGUCCGCCACGGUUGCGACAGCGGGUUUGCAGGUAACGCCCUGGUUCGCGGAAAAAUCAAAGACCAUGUCUGGAGGUUUGCCUAACACUUCCAGCGCAGGCACAGCAGUUAGUAGUGGUGCAACUGCUACGUCGUCGGGUAGUACAGCCGCGCCCCCUGCUGUUCUAGGUAGCUCAUCGUCAUCGUCUUCUGUACUAACCUCCCCCGCGACCUCCGUCCAAAGCGCAAAUACACAGCCUGGAGGUGCGGGCGUUCCCCUGCUCAGCUCGCAGAACAGCCGACAGAAGGAGUCUGCGCUCGACCCUACCCACGACGCGAGGGAGAACGCAUUCGAGCGGAUUUACAAACACAACCUCUGGUCGCCGGAGGGGAGCGGCAGCGGCCCGGGGAGCCGCGUGGACGCCACGGUGGGGCUCCGGGAGCAUUUGCACAGUGUGAUAAAGUCGCGAAACAUCAACAUCAUGCUGGACAUUCCCUGCGGCGCGAUGGAGUGGACGGUCGUGUUUCUGAACGAAGUUUGGGCCUACAACAAGGAUUUCCAGUACAUCGGCGUCGACAUCGCCCAAACGCCAUUGGUCCGGGCGAAGGCGAGAUUUUCCGCGGAGAAGAACGAGAAGAACCUCCAGCUCAUGCAGGCGGAUUUGUCCCUGCGCUCGCCCGCAAACGCGGGAAUUUUGGAGAAGAUCAACGCCGCCUUGACCACUGCGGAGGGACGGAUCAAGGGCAAAGAAACCAACGCGGUCGCCUUGACGAGAGACGCGCUGCAGCAUUUGUCGCUGAAGUCCGCGUGCCAGUUCGUGAUGAACAUUCGGGACGCGACGGUGGGGAAAAAUCACCAACUAGACACCUGGCUGAUUGGCCACUACCCAAGGGGAGGGAAUACGCAGGUAGACUGUAAUGUUGUGGGAUCGACGAGAUGAGCCAGACGAGCAUCAGCAUGCUACAUAGUUUGUGAUGCAGUAAAAUGUAGUCGUGACUCGUGAGAUUGUAUCAAAAGCAAUGACGAGAUGACAUAAACUCAAACAAUUUAUCGCCUCACUCAGGGCGCCAUAGAUGGCGGACUGAUCGACAAUAACAUGGCUUCGUGGCCGUACAAGCUCGGGCAACCAAAGGCCGUGUUGCAGGAACGAGGCUACCUCCCUCGGGGUGCGCCGACAAAAAAUCUCGCGGUGUUUCGACCCUGGGAAGACUGGAAGGCGGCCGAUUUCAACUCCUGCGUGUCGUUUUUGCGAAAAUUGUUUGGGAGGAGUGCAGAUGUUGGGGAGUUACAUGACGUAGGAAGAAGUGUCGUGAAAGAGGUUGAAGGUCAUGCGCGAAAAAACACGCCGGUAGUGCCAGCACUUGCAGCUGCUAUUGUGCCACCUCCACCACAAUAGGCACCACAAGACAGAGUAGCAGACGCGGUUAUGCUAGUUUGAACGCGAGGACUUUUUUUACGUUUAAAAUUGAACUUACCGCUUUGCCCU